CCAGGCAGCUGUUGGUGGAAGGAACUGGACUGAUCACAUUUGUUGGGCUGGUGCUUCUGACUCUCAGGAGAGACACUGGGCAGCUGCUCUGACUGGCUUUGCCUCUGGACUUGCAGUGAGAGAUCUCCCUGCAGACACUGAGUGACCAUCCUCAGCACUUGGAUUCCUACAGCCCCCUGGGCCGGAUCCCCACAGUCUUCCAGGGCCGAGAACCCCGCAGACGCUGAGCGAUGGCUUCCAUGGGGCUGCAGGUCAUGGGCAUCGCCCUGGCCGUGCUGGGCUGGCUUGGUGCCAUACUGAGCUGCGCGCUGCCCAUGUGGCGCGUCACGGCCUUCAUCGGCAGCAACAUCGUCACAUCGCAGACCAUCUGGGAGGGCCUGUGGAUGAACUGCGUGGUGCAGAGCACGGGCCAGAUGCAGUGCAAGGUGUACGACUCGCUGCUGGCGCUGCCGCAGGACCUGCAGGCGGCCCGCGCCCUUAUGGUCAUCUGCAUUAUCCUGGCCGUGGUGGGUGUGCUGCUGUCCGUGGUGGGCGGCAAGUGCACCAACUGCGUGGAGGACGAGAGCUCCAAGGCCAAGAUCAUGAUUGUGGCGGGCGUGGUGUUCCUGCUGGCCGGCCUGCUGUCGAUAGUGCCUGUGUCCUGGACGGCCCACAAUGUCAUCCGUGACUUCUACGACCCACUGGUGGCCUCCGGCCAGAAGCGGGAGAUGGGCGCCUCACUCUACAUUGGCUGGGCCGCCUCAGGCCUGCUGCUGCUUGGCGGAGCCCUGCUCUGCUGCAACUGCCCCCCCAGCACCGACAAGCCCUACUCGGCCAAGUACUCGGCUGCCCGCUCCGCCCCAGCCAGCAACUAUGUGUAAGGUGUCCAGCUCGACACUUCCGCUCGGCUUUGUUUCUCCCUGGACUGAGCCCAGGGCAGCCUGAGACCCCGGGACGGCCCUGCCAUGGGCUGCAGGCUGUCAGGGGCUGGGCGAGCAGGGACUGAGCCAGGCCACUGGCCGGCAGCUCUCAGCCCCUUCUGGCCCUCUUGGACACCUGCCCACGGCCUCCUCCACACUAGCGAGGAUGAAUGGAGAGACUCCUGUGCCACCCACCUCUGAAUGGUCUGUGGAUACAGGGGAGGGACGCAAGCCACAGGGUGUGGCGCUGGAGCAGGCGCUGGCUCCUGCUGGCGGGGCAGCUCAGCGGGCUUUGCUGGGGCUCUGCGUCUGCGUGGUGCCCCGCCCGUGCCCGUGCUGUCCCCUUCUUUAGUCUUCCCUACCCACUGCCUGCACCCUCUGGGGGGGUGAGCGAGCACCUGGGCUGUAAAGCGCCCAUGGAGACCUGAGGUCAUGAGAACACCUGGGGCCCGCUCAGCCACCUGCAGGGGGAGCGCAGAGCUGACGCAGUUGAUGGACGGGUUAGAGGGGAGGGUGCUACAAACUGGUUUGGGUAGUGGUGGGGGAGGGGGCCAGAGAAGCAGCUCUGGCUGCCCGCACCUCUGCUGUGUGCCCACCCCCCUCCCCCAGCCUCAGGCUCAGCCUCAGCAGAAGGACCCUCCCUUCAAGGCGGCCCCCCCCACCCCCGCCUUGAGACCGGCUACCUCUGGAUCUGCUGCCUUGGGAUCCACCACCCCUGCCAAGGUCAUUGGCCAGCCUGGGGAGGACAGGCGGAACGGUCUGUCUCUGGCCCUCAGCCCAGGAAGUCCUGGAGCUUUUCCUGCCUUCUUUGUGGUUUCUGUUUUGUAAUUUAAGGUCUAUUCAUCAUGGUAAUUGCUAUUAUUUUCUACAAUAAAUGGGACCUGUGCACAGGAA